AUGAACAACUUCUCUUUCCUCGAGUCCUCCCAACAACAACAAGCCCAGCAACAGCACAAUCAAAAUCGCCCUCCGCCCUCUCCCUCACAUUCACAAGCCGGCAGUAUUGCAGGAUCGCAAGUUAACGGCGGCGGCCAAAACGGCGUUCCAAUGGUUAAUGGCCUACCCAGCGGCGGCCAGCAGACGGACAUGAACCAUCUGUGGGCGGUGGUGCAGCAGCUGAGCCAAUUGCUAGAGGAGAACAAGGCGCAAACGAGGGGUAUCGUGGAGGGUGUCGCUGCGAUACAAGGGAGGGCUGCACAAGAAGAGGGAGGUGAGGUCGGUGGGCUCAAUCCGAGAAGUGCAAGUGGAAUGGGCAUGAGGGAGGUUAAUGGAGAGAUCAAUGCAGCGACAGUAGCACAUCUACAAUCACAGCUCUCGAGCGCACAAACAACCAUCGCAUCCCUAACCUCAACGAAUACGUCUCUCUCCGCCCUCCUCACCGACUACGAAUCCGCUUUGACCCUUCUCCUCGAUAAACUUCGUCCGUACGCUUAUUCGCAAACCUCGGCCAUGCUCGCUCUGCACAAACACUACCAAGGGCUUCUUGACCAAGAACGCUCGACAUCUAUGGCGCUGCGGCUUGAACACGCAGACUGGCAGGCCGGGUUGAGUCGCGUCGCCGAGAACGCAAGGAGUGCGCUACGAUGCCAAAGUGAGGUUGAACAGGGGUUGAGGGGCAGAUGUAAAGAGUUAGGAGAAGAGAAUCGCGUGUUGAGACGGAUGGUGGGCUGGGAAGAGAGGGAAAGUAGUGAUGAUGAGGGCGAGGACAAGGCAUAG